UGUCGGAGAGUUGACUUUCACCGAGAGUCGCGAUGUUGGUGUCUAGACUGAAGUUGGUGUUGGUGUGUGGGUUGGUGGUGUUGGGGGCUUUGCCGCCUCCGGCCACCCCCGCCCCCCAGAGGGGCGGCUUCGAGCUGCCCGUUCAACUGGUGGGCUUCCCCGUCAUCGUCAUCGCCGUCCGAAUCAGCCGUUUUGUCAGGCAGCUGAGCUACGCCCUCAACCCCCAGACGUACCGGUCAGCGAGUGGGUCCCGCCAGACCCGGGACAUCCACAGCCUCCACCUGGACGCCGCGAACCUUGACGUGGUGGAGGCCGAGAAGCGCCUGGUGGCGGAGAUGGGGGAGCACGUCUGUGUCUACGAGCGCGUGUGUGCGCACUACGCCCAACUUGCCGAACACCGGAAGACGGAAAAUCAUGAACUCGACUGGAAUAAUGUUUUCAGCAAAUACGCAAAGUCUCCGGACAAUAUGAAGCAGUUCUACUUGCUCAGUGUGAUCCUGGGAGAUGUGGUGGCCUCUCCCUCUCUGUGUCACCAGCUGGCGAAGAGAGGACGAGGGUGUGGUGUACUGGGACUCGAGGAGGAGACGACGAAGAAGGCGGCAGCAGCGUAGUCAGCAACCCCUCUGGCGAUGGCAGCAGAAGAGUGUCUUCGCUGUCCUUAACGACCGUCGGAAACAGUGGACAAUCAAAGACAAACAAACAAUAGCAGGAAGUCUUUGCAUAACGUUCCUAAUACAAGAACUUCCUUAUGAGAGAUGAAGAAUCUCACAUUCCUAAAUUUCCCACAAAGGGAAUAUUUUGUAACUACCGUAUACGUCGCAAUACGUCUCGUUUCAAAAAUGACGAUGUCUUAAUUAAUUAACAACCAAAGAAACUUUGUUAAUUGCACAAAAAAUUUUAAAUAUCCAGGAAAGAUUUUCAUUUCAUAAAAUAUGAAAUGUCAAUCUUUGACUAAUGAUACUACUAUUAAUAUUUUUUAAUUUAAAAUAACUGUUAUUUUUGUAUUUAUAACUGAUUCCUUUAAUUUAAACGUAGAGUUAUAAUAAAUCUGCCAAACUACUCUAAACUUAUUUUUGUAACUCUUUAACUAACUUUUGGUUGCCUCACAUUACUUAAUGUUGCCAUUGAUUUAGACCUCUUUCUGUCCAAACUACUCUAAACUUAUUUUUGUAACUCUUUAACUAACUUUUGGUUGCCUCACAUUACUUAAUGUUGCCAUUGAUUUAGACCUCUUUCUGUCCAAACUACUCUAAACUUAUUUUUGUAACUCUUUAACUAACUUUUGGUUGCCUCAGAUUACUUAAUGUUGCCAUUGAUUUAGACCUCUUUCUGUCCAAACUGUGUACCAGAUAAUCUUUUAUUUAUAAUUUAUUCUUUUGGAUUUAAACAGAGAGUUAUGAUAAAUCUUCCAAACUACCCUAUAGUUAUUUUUGUAACUCUAACUAAUCUUUUGUUGCCUCACGCUACUUAAUGUUGCCAAUGAUUUAAACCCCUUUGCGUCCAAAUUGUACACCAGACUACGCAAAUUUGUACAUAUUUCUGAAUAGUUUCGUUAUUUUUGUAUGUGGGAAGUUGUAUAUAUUAUGUUACUUUUGAUGAAGAUUACCAAUCGCCUCCUUUGAAGAGUGCGUGGAGAUAGACCAAAUAAAACGUGGGAGCAUUUGUAAAAUAAUAAAAGUAUCAUAGCUAGUUAUUAGUAUUAUUAACUAAAAUAGUGAUAUUAUUAUUCACCAUAUUAUAAUUUUGAACUUUUUUAUAUUACAGUAAGCAUUACGUGAAUAAUUAACAUAAGAUGUUUUUAUUUUCCAAACACAUUAAGUCUAAAAUGUCACCUGUUUUACAACAUCAAUUGAAUGCAGAAUAAAACUUAGAAAUAUACUUAGUGAAAUAGUCGUGUGUACCAUUAUUGUAUAUAUUUUGUAUAUGUAAGAGUGUGAUCCUUAAGUCUUGGAGGAUUCUAGACAGGCCGUGUGCAAUUGUGUCCUUAAGUACAGUACUUCUGUAGAGUACUCGUACCUAAGUGUGUACAUAGUUAGAUGUAAGCUUAGAAUAAGAUGGUUACAUAAUCAAAAUGUUUUUUUAUCGUUACAAAAUAUUUGUUUUAUAUUUUUAAUUAAUAGUACUACACAUUUUAAAUGAUGGAGACACUCCUUAUCCUAUGUAAUAAAUUACAUGUAUUUAUUUUUAAUGAAUAAAAUUUAUAUAAUAUCAAGAAAUUAAUAAUUGUAAAAUGUAAGUGUUUAAUUGUGUUUAUAAGUAUUUAAAAUGAUUUGGCAAAUAUAGCUACAUUUUUCUCAAAUAUUUUAGCAUUAGUUUAUUCCUUUAAUAUGGAAUAUAACUUAAUGUUUAAUAUUCAUACAAUUUUAUUUUUAGACCUCAUUUUAGUCUUACAUUGCAACUUUUCCAUAAUAAACAUGUUAUGUCUUUGUUUACUGAAUGUUUGCCCCUAAACGUAUUUUAGGAUCUUAAAACAUCAACAUGUGGUAAGAUCUCAUAAUACGUUUUUAUGCUGACCGUUUUGUGCUUUAACAUGGUUAACGAAUAAAAACAUGAUACAUUAA